AUGAGCUCAACCCACACCGACAUUGAGAAAGGCCAUGUCGCCCACCACGACCACGAAAAGUCUGCUGUUCACCACAGAGACAACGCCCCCAACGGCGUUUCAAACUCCCCUGCUCAGGCGUUCCCCCGCCCGUCCACCUUAUCAAACCCAGGCCCAUUGGGCUUGUUUUCUUUCGCGUCCACGACAUUCAUCCUUUCCAUGUUCAACAUCUCCGUCCGCGGCAUCCCAGCUCCCAAUGCCGUUGUUGGAAUGGCCAUAUUCUGUGGUGGUCUUGCCCAGCUCCUAGCUGGAAUGUGGGAAUUCCCAAGAGGAAACACAUUCGCUUCGACAGCUUUCACCUCAUACGGCGCAUUCUGGAUGUCCUAUGCCACCAUCCUCAUCCCGAGCUCUGGCAUCAUCGCAGCCUACCCUGACACCGAGUCCUUUGAAAACGCCAUCGGUAUCUAUCUCUCCGCAUGGAUGAUGGUCACAUUCUUCUUCUUCAUCGUCGCCCUCCGCAAAUCUGUCGCAUUCAUCGUCCUCUUUGGGUUCUUGACGGUCACCUUUGCGUUGUUGGCUGGCGGAGCCCUGGGAGCCUCCACCGCUUCUCAUACCGGCGGUGGAUAUAUGGGCAUCUUCACGGCGUUCGUCGCAUACUACAUCGGGGUGAGCGAGAUGUUGACGUCGGAGAAGAAGAAAAUCUUCACGUUGCCUUUGGGGGCUUUCUAA